AGACGCAGCCGCUUCACUUCUCCCAGGUAAAGGAAAGGUUCGCCCAUGGCGCCGACGCAGCCGAAGUCCGGCCUCUUCGUGGGCAUCAACAAGGGCCACGUCGUCACCAAGCGCGAGCUGCCGCCGCGUCCGUCCGACCGCAAGGGGAAAGGUACCAAGAGGGUGCACUUCGUCAGGAACUUGAUCAGGGAGGUUGCUGGGUUUGCUCCUUAUGAGAAGCGCAUCACUGAGCUUCUCAAGGUCGGCAAGGACAAGCGUGCUCUGAAGGUGGCCAAACGAAAGCUCGGAACCCACAAGAGGGCAAAGAAGAAGAGAGAGGAGAUGUCCAGUGUCCUCAGGAAGAUGAGAUCUGCUGGAACAGAGACCAAGAAGAAAUAGAGUAUCCCAAGAUCAUGAAGUUGAUGGCAAUCUUCUGUUCUGGUGUCUAGUUUUUACUACAUGUAGAACCUACCUAGACUUCAAUCAAUUAUCUUGCCAGCAAAACAUUGUGCUAUGUUGAACCUCCUGUCUUGUGAGAUUUUGAUCUAAUUUGCAAUGUGUGUUUUGUCACCUUA